CAAAUAAAUUAUUUAAUUGAAACCAAAGCCAAAUGAAAAUAAAGGAAUUAAGUUCCACUUUUCCAAUAAUUUAUAUUAAUUUACAACUAUAUUGGAUAAUCUAUGACUACAUCCAGACACACCCCUCUGUGAUGGAAAACAGUCUACUGCUGAUACAACAGAAACUAAUAAUUCAAAAAAGUGUCUGUAAUAUGAAUAUAUAUGAUUUCAAUUUGAUGCAAACACUUAGUUUUACAAGCAAAAGGAGUAGAGAUUAAGUGAGUAUUGAUUGAGUAAAAUAUGUAUUUGAAAAAAAAAAUGAAAUUGUAUAAUACAAGUAAUAAUGAAAGCAUAUUAUUUUAAAAUUUUAUAUUUGUAUUUUUUUAAUUAUGAUUACUAGAAGUUGUUAAUGUGAUAAAUUUUUUCCUUUCAGAUUUUCAUAUCCAGUGAAUAAUGAAAACAUCAGUGUGAUAAUUUUAAUUGUUGAAAUAUUUCAUUCAGUAUGAUAGAUCAUAGAUAAGUGAAUUUUUGUGCAGGAAAUGCACAGAAUUUUUCUUUUACACUUUUAUCCCUCAGUGGGAAUUAUUUUUACUUAAUACCCAUAUCUAAAGUAAAAUUUUUAAUUAUAAACAUUAUAUUCAGCCUAUUUUUAUAUUUAUUUGUAGCUUAUCACUUCUUAGUUUUGCCCAAUAAUAAUUUAUAAAAAAAUUUUGUAAAUUUUUCUAUGAAAAUAUAUUCGCAUUGUGUUAAUCAUGGCUACUGAAGAACCUCAGCAACAAGUACCAGAGAGUCGUCCUGUAACUCAAUUAGAAUUUCAUCAAGCAAUGCAAGAUUUUAAGACUAUGUUUCCAGAAAUGGAUGAAGAUGUAAUUGAAGUAGUUUUACGAGCUAAUAAUGGUGCUGUUGAUUCUACCAUUGAUCAGUUGCUUGCAAUGAGCACUGAUAAUGAAAAUGAACGUUUAAGAGCAGAACUUGAUGCUACUGAAAACGAUGAGUUGCCACCAUGCUAUUCACCUGCAACCCCACCACCGUCCUAUCACCAAGCAGUGCCAUAUGUUCAAAGUCCUGCUCAUUCCCCAGCACCUACUAUAAUAAAUUCUUCUCCUGAAAUAAGACACACUAUCCCACAAUCCCCACAUCAGUUAAUAGACAUACCUCAGAGAGCUAGACAAACUAAUGAAUUGCCGUCUGUUGCUGCCCAUGUAAGACAAAAUUCUUCUAAUACUGCAUCUUCAGAAAAUAAUUUACAAUCUGAAGAUACAUCUGUAAAAACUCCAUGCAGUACGGGGACAAAUAAUAUUCCUCUUCGCACUGUAAAAAGUUGGCUACCACCACUUCUUGGUGCCCUUCCAGAUACAUUUCUCAGGCUAGAAGAAACAGACCGAGAACCUAAUAGGACACUACAAUCUCGUUUAGAGGUAAUUUAAAUAAUUAAAAAAAUAAUUUUAGAUAAUAGGUGAUUUAAUUUAUUUACUAU